AUGGCUUCGGCAGAUACUGUUCAAUCCACAAGCCCCGGGAUUUCUGCUCUUCUGGAAACUCUCAACACCUCACUGGUUGGCGCUGCCUCAUCCCUACCAGCCUCAAAGAAAGAUGCGCCCGCAGACGUUUCGAUCACGCCGCCCCAGGACGGCAUUUCGCUUCUAGACACAAAGAGCGAGAUCCUUCUCUCAUAUCUCCAGAACCUAGUGUUUUUGGUAAUCAUUCAAUUACGACAAAAACAGACGAAAUCUAGCGAAGAAGGCUCCGAGAAUGCUGCGGAUGAUAAUCUUCACGACGAGGCUGUGAAAAAAUUGAUCGAGCUGCGAACGUACCUUGAUCGUGGUGUUCGGCCUCUCGAGGGACGACUUAAAUACCAAAUUGAUAAGGUCAUCAAGGCUGCGGAGGAUGCCGAGCGGACUGAGCCUGCCGCGAAAACGAAAAAGUCCAAGACAAGCCGCAAGGAUGUCGAUGCAAGCAGCGACGAGAAUUCCGAUGGGGAUGACAGUGAGGCGAGCAGUGAAAACGAGGAGGAGGAAGAUAUGGAUGAGAUGGCAUACCGGCCCAACAUCUCAGCCCUCGCCAAGGCCAAGAUGGAGCAGAAGAAACCUCAAGACAAGGUCUCGAGGGAGGAGCCCAGCGAUGGCAUCUACCGUCCUCCCAAGAUCAUGCCUACUGCUCUGCCCAGCUUUGAUCGGCGCGAACGACAAGAGCGCCGACCUCGCCGGUCUAACGUCAUUGACGAAUUCGUCAGUGCUGAGAUGUCGGCGGCGCCUAUGGCUGAACCCAGUAUCGGUAGUACCAUCAUUGCCGGCGGACGGCAAACCAAGUCGAAGAAAGACAGAGAGCAUGAGGCGGAGCGUACACGGUACGAAGAAACCAACUUUGUCCGUCUUCCCAAGGAAACUCGAAAGGAUCUUGCCAAGCGUGGAGGUCGCCUCGACUCGACCUAUGGUGGUGAUGAGUGGAAAGGCCUUACCGAGGGUGCUGAUCGUAUUGAGCGUCUUACCCGUCGGUCUAAGAAUAGUGGCUCCGCGCUUGAGAAAAGCCGGAAGCGCAAAAAUGAGGACGGGCAACGCAGCGAUGGUGUGGCUGUUGGUGAUAUCUUUGAUAAGCGCCGCAAGAAGGUUGAUACCUGGAAGCGGUAA